CAAGUCCCUUCAAUUCUGCCUUUUCCGUCUUUUGCUAUAAAAUGGAUAAGAGGCAGAACAAGACAAGUCGUCGAGCCUGUGCGUUUUGUAGAAAAAGGAAGCUGCGAUGCGAUAGGGCGAACCCUUGUGGAUCAUGCCAAAAGUUUGGCUUCGAGUGUCAGUACAUCUGUGUUCCGGAUGGUCGAGUAUCGAAAUCAGUCUCGAAAUCCUCACGGGUGAAUCAGCUUGAAAACCGUCUUUACAACGUGGAGCAGUUGCUGCAGUCAACAAGCCAAGAUAGUGGACAAAUUAUGAAUCUCAGUCCCAACGAAUCACUCUAUCGUCAAAUUGAUGAUCUAGCUGCAUUAAGUUCAAGUACAAUUCGCUCGCUAGAGCAAGCAUUUUUUGAUUUCGUGCAUCCUGUCAUUAGCUUGAUCCAUCGAGGAAGUUAUAUGGAAUCGAAAGCUACAACUCCAUGUUAUUUGACACAUGCAAUAUGGGCAUUGGGUGCUUUAAAUUCUGAAGUGCAUACUGGUUGGUCCGAGCAGUUAUACUACUCAUCUCGGCAGAAACUCGAAGAAGCAGAACUCAAGGAUCGUCGAUUUGAUCGAGUCACUCUUGCUCAGGCGCAAGCAGUUAUACUCAUAUCCUAUUAUGAGCUCCAUCAAGGGUUCUUUCACAGGAGUUGGAUAAGCAUAGCGAAAGCUGUCCGAUUAGUCCAAGUAAUGAAAUUGCACCGGCUCGACGGGAUAUCACAAUUUCGUCAUUCACUCGAAUCCAUCAGUACACCCAAAGUCAUUACCGAAGCAGAAACCAAGAGGAGGGCAUUUUGGCACACUUUCUUGCUUGAUCGAUACUGUUUUGUUUCUACUGGUUCUCCCACCUUGAUCCAAGAGAAAGAUAUUUACACUUACUUGCCAGCGUCUGAUGAUGCUUUCGCCAAAAGUUUCGAAGAGAGAUAUGUAGUCUUGCAAGACGCUCUCACCACCACAACAAUCAACCAACCACUGUGCAGCUUCGCAGCCUUGGUAAUCCUCUUGUGUCAGAGUAUAUCCAAACUUCGAAGUCUUGACCAGUAUGAAAUGCACAUCGACGCUACGGAGUCAUUACAUAACGACCUACAUUCGAAAUCAGACUUGCUUCAGACCGCCCUGGGCACCGUUUAUCGUGUCCCCAAAAAUUUGGGUAUUGAAACUUCUCUGUUGGACCCUAGCCUUGCCUACUUGCAUACGGCAACAUCGACAUCAACAAUUACCUUGCAUAUAGCAGCACGAGCCUUGGCUCAAGACAAUGUACCCUUGCCUGAAAGCUGGCCGCCUGACAACAAACAAUGCCUCGAAGCCGCCACGAACAUCACCAAUGUUUUAGAAAUAACCAAUUCUUGGGAUCUACGUUCUUACCACUUUCUGACCCUAUACUCGAUAUACAGUGCAGUUGCAGCUUUUGCCAACUCUUGGCUUGUGAACCCGCAGCCUUCAUAUAAGCGUUCGCUGCGUUUCCUCCUAAAUAAACUAGAAUCCUUCAAGCCCCGUAUAAGACUUGCGCAUAUCUUGCUACAAGAUAUUGACACAGAGUUUCCUGAAUUGCAGCAUCGACUUCGAGCGCAAGGGGAGUCUGCAAACUCGCAAAGCGCUCUGUGUUUGGAUUGGGAAGCCCAAGUCGUUACCCACGAGCACAACAAGGCCUUUGACUUCUCCGAUGCUCAAGAGCACGACCCAUUUCUUGGAGAUACAAAUAAUUGGUGUCUAGACGAGGACCAUUUGUACCUUAACGUCUUCACAUAA